UAACACCGAUGACGUCGUGUGGAUAGCGUCAUCAUCAACCAUGUGGCGACCAGUGUAUGUUUUGUCCUUGUGUGUAGUUGCAUUUAUUUGUGUACUUCAUUUAAUUACAAGUGCUGAUGCAAUUUCAUGUCAUAUUUGCAAUUCCAACGCCAACAAAACAUGCAAUAAGAAGUUGUUUGCAAACUUCAGCAAAGUGUGUUCCUCCAACGCCAUAGGCUGCAGAAAACUCCUGACGGAGGAUGAACUCUAUGGUUUUCUAGUUGUGAGGAGUUGCUAUAACAACACAUAUAAAAAUCAUACAGCUCUGUUUGGACAGUUCACCCGGGAUUCCUGCACCGAGUCCUACAAUUCCGUGGAAUGUAUCUGUGACACGGACAACUGUAAUGACGCCACGUUCCCAUGGCAACACCCAGGAAUACUUUUGACAUUGACAGCGGGCAUUUUCUUGUCAAAGCUGGUAUAGAAAGAUUAUGUAAAAUGCAUGAUUGAUAUCUUUAGAAAAAUUUCAAAUAUAGCUGGGUUAGUUGAAAA